GCUUUGAACAACGAACGAGAUCUCCUCAGCCUCCAUCACAUUUACCGCUGUCGCUUCGCUUUUGCCUCGCUGCACAACGGUCAGACGUAUACCAGGGCCUCUCACCACGCAGAAACUCUGUGAACAAUCGCGAAAUUGCAUCGAGCCGAGCCGACGCUACCAUGACCGCCACCGCUGCGGAGGGUCCCUUUAGGCCCGCCCCUCCGACGCCUGUCGAGUCUCAGAAGAUGAAUCAGGUUCUAGAAGUGCUUGCUGGUGCAUGUACGGAGCAGCAGGUGUUGAGCCUACUCAGAAGGCAUAGCGGGAAUAUCGAGCGCACGAUCCAGGCACUACUGGACGACCCGAACAGUGGAAUGGACACUACGCCCACAACAGAUGACUUCCUUGGCUUGCACAGUCUCCGUGAAGCUGACAUGCAGAUGCGAGCCCAGGCACCGCCGCAUCCUCGUAGUCCCCCACCUUCGAGGCCAGAGAAGCCAGAAGUUCCUCCAAUAGACCUUACAGCCGACGACGAAUCUGAAGACCUCAAGAGAGCAAUGGCCAUGUCCCUCGAAGAGUCAGGACCGACCUUUGGGCCAAGUACUCGAGCACCAGAUCCCAACUGGGCGGUUGUCCCUUCAAAUGUUGCCGUCUCUGCGCUGUCUCAGGAUGACCAGGACAUGCACCAAGCCAUAGAGGCCAGUCUAAGCGAAACACUGUCCACGGAACAACCUUCCAAGAAGCCUCUGGAAGAACGGAUUAGGCAAGGAGAGACUCCUGUCGCUCUCCGAGUGUCUAAUCCCCGUCACAUUUAUGCUGCGAUGGUGCUACAUGCCCUCUACUUCGUACCACAAGUCCGCAAAGCUAUAUGCAGCUAUUUUCCGAUAUCAACUCCCGCAGAGAUUAGUGAAAUCACGCUAGAUCCGGAUAACGCCAUUGUGCCUCCGGGCGGCGGGCCAGGCCGGAAAGUAUGGGCACUAUUAGAAACCUUCGUCUACAUGGAAUAUUCAAGGUUGUCCGAACUCCAUGCUGACCAGCUCAUAGAAGACAUUGCGGUGGACCCAUGGAGUAGACCAAACGAGGGCCCUGGAGAUCUCGCAUUUGCAUUCUACGAGAAGAUCGCCUUAGCUGUAGAGUCUGCCUUACACGCUGACGCUGCGACAGAUGCCUUGAAGCAGGAUAGUUGGCAAAGACUAUUCUUCUUUCGCCAUGGACCCAGCAAUCUCGAACCCUAUCGAGGGCCCUUCACUCAGAACUGUGACUGCGCUAUAGCUAAGAUCUCGGUGUAUGGCUUCCUGGACGCUAACGACCUCGUCACCUGUCUGGCCAAGGAGCUGAAGGAAGCAUCCGAUGAUCCCUUAGCACCACAACUCAUCCUGAAGCCGUCCGAUGUUGUCGCGUUCCAACUUACCCGCAGUUCGAGUGACAGACUGCGCUUCAAUUUUCCCGCAUACUUCUACUUGGACCGGUUCCUGUACGACAAGGCCUCUAUGGCUGGCGAGAAGCGGAAACUGCAACAAGAAUUACUUGGGGAGGUCGUGCAACUGGAGGCAACGAGGGCCGCACUGACGAAGUUUGAGGGUCGGGACAUACUGGCAGAUUUGCGGUCGGCGGCCUACUACUACGAGAACGUUGUAGAAGAUGACAGCGACGAGAUGCGGAGGGGCACAGUGCAGGAUACAGCAGCAACUUUGCGUAAAAUCAUCGGGCAAAUCGAAGCAGAACUUGAAUCCACCGAGGCAUCCAUAGAGAAGUGCAAGGCCGAAGCAGAGCGGGCCUUCGACUGUCCGGGACUGCAAGAUUUCAGGUAUGAGCUACGUGCUGUGCUUAUGCACGAUGGAUUCUACGGCCGGAGCCAUCUCUACUCCUACGUCAAACGCAGAGGGAUAUGGUGGAAGACCGCAGAGAAUACCACAAUCGAGGUACCCGAAGCGGAGGUUCUCGAAGACCCUGCCGGUCUUCACUUGGGUGCCGGACCAUUCUUGCUGAUCUACAGCCGCUCUGUCCCGCAGGAAGAAGAGAGCGUUAAGCUGCCCUGGCCCGAGGGAAUCAAGAACGAUGUGAAGGAGAACAACAUGGCAUUUUUUGAGGAACUGGGUCCUGAGGCGCUUGCCAACAUAGAGGAUCCAAAUUCCCCAUUGACGACGAUUCAGGCCAUGGCGAUUGACACACCGACUGACUCAUCAUCCAUGGUCGUCGAGCCGCCGUCGAGGGCAGAUCCGAUGGAUCUUGAUAGCUAGAUAGCACGCAUUGAAUGAUGUACAGCUAAUGGCGAUCUGUAAGUAAGAGCAGUCUUGAACUCUGGGUUACACAGGCAGGACGCAAUGUGUUGCACAGCAGAAAGCAGUAAGUGACGUGGCAUACAGUACUGAUUGUGUAUAUCCGUUUCAGGACUGCCGUGAGUCUUUCCCUGCCUCACAGCAUCCGCAUGGAUAUCCAACACUAGUACU